GACGUGCAUUACAGAGCACUAUUAUGGGUCUUUUGUGUAAUACCACUGUAAAGAUCGUUGUUUUCGUACUGGGAUUUUCCUUGUUACCGCGUCCUUGCGCCGUAACUACGGUGAGGCCGGCGCGUCCAGCUAAGCACGGUGACGUCACGGGCAGGUCCGUUCAUCCGGAAGUCCCCCACCAGGCUGGUUUUUCUACGGACAGUAAAUGCUCCUUGGCCCCAGAGAGUCGCUUCGACUGCGGCAGGGACCGCCUGCUGAGCCAGGCUAAGUGUGAAGAGCGGGGAUGCUGCUACUCCCCCCUGCAGAACCCUGCAGGCCCCCCGUGGUGCUUUUUCCCCAGCGCGUACCCUGGCUACAGCAUGGGGCCCCUCACUCCCACCUCACGGGGCCAGGCUGCAACUCUGACGCGAGACAAACCCUCAUAUCUCCCCAGAGACGUUUCUACCCUCCGCUUAGAGGUGGUUGAGGAGUCUGCAGGCUGCUUGCACCUUACUUUUAGGGACCCAUCUUCUCCACGGUAUGAGGUUAAGCUUCCGGCUGGUUUUUCUCAGCAAAGUGCCCACACCCAUGAAUCCCUCUACAGCCUUGAAUACCAGUCGGAUCCAUUUGGGUUCAUAGUGCGCCGAAAUUCCAGUGGAAGGUCGAUUAUGAACACUACUGUGGCUCCAAUGCUAUUUGCUGACCAGUACCUGCAGCUGUCCACUGCACUGGCCUCGUCCCUCGUCUCUGGGCUUGGGGAGCAUUACACCUCCCUGCGCCUGGACCUGAAUUGGACUUCUCUGACUCUGUGGAACAGGGACAUGGCGCCGCAUGCGGAUGCCAACCUCUAUGGCUCUCAUCCAUUUUACAUUGUACAGGAAGAGGAUGGACUAGCACAUGGAGUUUUCCUUCUCAAUAGCAAUGCAAUUGAGGUGUUCCUGCAGCCGACUCCUGCUCUCACUUGGGUUUCUACUGGUGGAAUCCUGGAUCUCUACAUUUUCCUGGGGCCUGAUGCUCAAAGUGUUAUACGCCAGUACCUCCAGGUGAUUGGUUAUCCAAUGAUGCCUCCCUAUUGGUCACUGGGCUUUCAUCUGUGUCGCUGGGGUUACACAACCACUAAUACAACACGGAAUGUUGUACGACGCAUGCACAAAGCCAACUUCCCGUUGGAUGUGCAGUGGAAUGAUCUGGAUUAUGCGGAUAAGCGCAGGGUGUUCACCUUUGACCCCAGACGAUUUGGAGACCUCCCACAAAUGGUGGAGGAAUUCCAUAAGAGAGGCAUGAAGUACAUCCUUAUUCUGGACCCAGGAAUCAGCAGCACCAGCCCUCCUGGGACGUACCGCCCCUUUGAUGACGGCCUAAAACGAGACGUCUUCAUUAAAAAUGCUACAGGCCAGAUCCUGAUAGGAAAGGUCUGGCCUGGCCCAACAGCCUUCCCUGACUUCACCAAUCCAGAAACCGGACAGUGGUGGGAGGACUGCAUUAGAGAGUUUCACACUAGAGUCCCUGUGGAUGGUCUGUGGAUUGAUAUGAAUGAACCAGCCAAUUUUGUCCAGGGCUCAGUGGAGGGCUGUCCCGACAGUGACAUUGAGAACCCACCUUACACACCCAAGGUGGUCGGAGGCCGGUUGAACUCAGGAACUCUUUGUAUGUCGGCACAGCAGAAGCUGUCUGUGCACUACAACCUGCACAACAUGUACGGACUGACAGAGGCACAAGCUACACACAGCGCUCUUUUGAAGGUACGGGGGAAGAGACCGUUUGUUCUGUCUCGCUCCUCUUACCCUGGAAUUGGACGCUUCUCUGGAGUUUGGACAGGCGACGUCAGGAGUGACUGGGAGCAGCUCAGAUACUCCAUUCCAGCGGUGCUGCAGUUCAGCCUGUUCGGGGUGCCCCUUGUGGGUGCCGACAUCUGCGGCUUCGGAGGCAACACCACUGAGGAGCUGUGUGUCCGAUGGAUGCAGCUCGGGGCCUUUUACCCAUUUAUGAGGAACCACAAUGACAAGCCCAACGCUCCUCAGGAGCCCUACGUAUUUGGGCAGAAGGCCCAGGCAGCCAUGCGGAGGGCGUUGAACCUUCGUUACUCACUUCUCCCGUUUCUGUACACGCUCUUCCACCGUGCACACGCGUCUGCUGAGACCGUGGCCAGGCCGCUCUUUGUGGAGUUUCCCACUGAUCCUAACUGUCAGACCAUAGACCGCCAGUUCCUGUGGGGGAGUUCACUCCUCAUUAGCCCAGUUUUAGAGGAGGGAGCAGUAGAGCUGACUGCCUAUCUACCCCCUGGCACUUGGUACAGCCUGUAUAAUGGGCAGCCUUUCCACAGUAACGGCCAGUACGUUCUCCUGCAUGCACCUCUGGACACCAUCAACGUCCAUGUGAGGGAGGGACACAUUCUGCCCCAGCAGGAACCUGCUUUGACGACCGCAGCCUCUCGCUCACAGCCUUUCUUCCUGACAGUGGCGCUGUCAGCGGGGGGCCGGGCGUGGGGAGACCUGUUCUGGGAUGAUGGGGACAGUCUUAACACAUAUGAAACGGGGAACUAUUGUUACAUUACCUUUAUUGCUGGACAGUCUGAGGUGGUGAGUGAUCCUCUCUGGCUGAAUGGGGCCUUAGAUGCUCUGGUGCUGGGGGGGUUGCAGGUGUUUGGGGUGCCGUCACCACCCUCCUAUGUUUUAGCCAAUGGAGAGAAAGUCAUGGAUUUCAUGUACUGUAGUGACACACAGGUUUUGACAGUGGCCAACCUGUCUCUGCCCAUGUCAAAGGUGUUUCAAGUCCAGUGGUUUCCCUGAUAAACAGAACUACAUCACACAUGUGCCUUAGGAAGCCUCGCCACUCUGCACAGUGGAGCAACUUCAUCUAAUGCCCAUUUUUUCUUUUCUUCAGUGUUGUCAGUUUAAUACCUUAUAAAUAUAAAUACUGUCGUUUUUAAAACUGUCCAAAGUCUUUUGUAUUUUUACGAUCCUGUUUAUAUACAGUCAAUGGACAUUAGUAUCAGAAAGUAGUAAUUAAUGCUUAAACAAGGACUCUGCCAUUUGACAAGUAGAUGCGGGGUGGGCUUGGUUUUUGGGUUGGUUGUUUGUUUUUUUAUUGCUUAGUGCUUGAACAGAUUGUAAAAGCAUUGGUCUCUAAAUGUAAAUAGAUUAGAUUUUUUUAUGUACUGUUAUUAUUAAAAAUUUGUAUCCUCAUUUAA